AUGUCUGAAUUAGAAGAUGUUGCAAAACGAUCAAGCAACACUGCAAAUUACGGUGCAAGGGAUAAUGGACGUGGGCAACAGGAACCUACUAGUAGCAGCAACAGAAGAGGUAUGGUUGGACAUUAUGGUCGUGGUAGAGGUAAAAUUCAAGAGUCAGAUCAGAGAAAUGACCGGAAUCGUCAUAAUUUUUAUAAUACGGGCAGCGGAAGAGAUAGACAUGAUGCAAACUCCAGAAGGCAUAUGAUUCGCAGUCCAAAAUAUUAUGAACAUAUUACUGCUACUUUAAAUCGGUUGGAUCACGGUGGUAUUAAAUUCAGAGGCGAGACUUCAGAAUGUGAUAUAUGUUGUCGUGAAUCUGAUAUAUUUGCUGUUGGGUCGUGUUUACAUCCUAUAUGCAUAGAAUGCGGAAUUCGACUACGAAUUUUGUGUAAAAAUGAGACGUGUCCAAAAUGCAGAACUGUUAUCGAUAUAUUAUAUUUUGUGCCGUUUCCGGGUGAUUGGAAUGGUUACCAAAUACCAUUUCAAUGUAUAGAACAUGAGGAUACUGCAAAGUACAAAAUUAAAUUGGCAGAUGAUUAUGUUGCAAGAUGUUACGAUAGCUAUUUAUCCCAUCAAUGCAUAAUAUGUAGAAAAAGGGGUGAAAAAAGGGUAUUUGAAACAUUUGCUCAGUUGAAUCAGCAUGUGUAUAUGGUUCAUCGUUUUGAAUUUUGUGAUAUUUGUGUGGAAAAUUUAAACUUAUUUACUCAUGAGCGGAAAUUUUAUUCUCAAGUUGAUCUGAAACGACAUUUGGAACUUGGUGAUUCUGAUGACAAGAGCUUUAAAGGUCAUCCACAAUGUCUGUUCUGUAAAAAACGUUUCUUGGAUGAAGAGUUUCGCUAUAAACAUCUUCGUAAAGAGCAUUUCUUUUGCCAGAUUUGUGAUGCUGAAGGACGAAGCAAUUAUUUUUUUCCGUAA